AUGAUUUAUUCGGAAAUUUUCAGAUAUAAUGUUGCAAAGGGUUACUACUGGCAGUUCGACAAGAAGCCUGUGGUCAAAAAAGAGGACGAAAAGUCAGAAGAGGAGCAGCCACUCCAAGCUCGCAGCACACACUUUCAGAAGACACGCACUCAUAUGCUGAUGCAGAACCUCUUUGAAAUGUUCCCAGCUGGGAACGCUGUGGCAAUUUCGCAUAUUUCCAUGACCCUCCCGAAAAGUCGGAACCAAUGGAUACCGAGGAAAAGCCAGAAACAAACGGUGAUGUUGCAGCACAACAAGUUGAAGAAACGACUCAAGCGCCCAGCACUUCAGCCGCCAAGUCUAAAUAGAACCGCGUGCAAUUAUGAAAGGUUAAGCUAUCCAUAUUAUCUAGCAUCGGUGAUGAGGCCAAAUCCACUACAUAUCACCUUCAAGAAUCCGAACUGGCCUGCGAAUUUCAUCACUCCUGAGAAUGUCCUCGAAUAUUUUUGCAACUCUGACAAUGCAUUUUACGACAAAGCAUCAUGUAACGAAAAUGUACGGAUGCAGAAUAUUUCGCGACCGUUGGAGGAGUGUUUACUGUCAAUGACUGGUAUCCAGUAUGUGUUAUGGAGUGCGCAACCGCCUCUUUAUGUGAUUUGUAAACAUCGUCGAAAUAAUAUGCAGAACGUGACACCCCUUGCUUACUACUACAUCAUAAAUGGCACCGUAUAUCAAGCUCCAGACGUCUAUACAUUUGUUCAGUCGAGAUUGCUCGGUGCUGUAGAACCACUGAAGAAUGCGUUCGAUCAAGUCGUACAGUAUUCGAGAUAUAAUGUUGCAAAGGGUUACUACUGGCAGUUCGACAAGAAGCCUGUGGUCAAAAAAGAGGACGAAAAGUCAGAAGAGGAGCAGCCACUCCAAGCUCGCAGCACACACUUUCAGAAGACACGCACUCAUAUGCUGAUGCAGAACCUCUUUGAAAUGUUCCCAGCUGGGAACGCUGUGGCAAUUUCGGACCCUCCUGAAAAGUCGGAACCAAUGGAUACCGAGGAAAAGCCAGAAACAAAUGGUGAUGUUGCAGCACAACAAACUGAAGAAACGACUCAAGCGCCCAGCACUUGGCCGCCGCAAGUCUAA